UAUCAUGUGAUUCGCUUUCCUGCUCCUUUAAAGCAGCCACAUGCACUCGAGGGCCGGCUACAAUCACAGCUCUCGGUACGAAGGGAGCCAGGUCCGGGCUUUCCCGGGCAAUCGAUGCUGAGGUUCCCUCUUCCUUCCCAUUCCUUUGCAGCUUUAACUUUUACAACCGCCGCCACCGUCGCAGAGAGUGUAGGAGAGAAAGCACUGCAAAAAUGGCUGGGGCAAUUAUCGAGAACAUGAGCACUAAAAAGCUCUGCAUUGUUGGCGGGAUCUUGCUGAUUUUCCAAGUCAUCGCCUUUCUGGUGGGGGGUAUAAUCGCUCCAGACCCUACUGCUGCUGUGCCUUAUAUGGCUGCAAAGUGCAUAGACUUGCAGAAAGAUCAUCACAAGACCAAAUGGUUUAUACCUUGGGGACCUGACCAGUGUAAUAAACUCAGAGAUUUCGAUGAAGCUGUGAACAGACAAAUAGAAGCUAAUAACAUUGUGUUUGCCAUUCACAUACCACUUCCCAAGAAUGAGAUGAGCCCCUGGUUCCAAUUUAUUCUCUGCAUUUUGCACAUGGACAUUGCUUUCAAGACUAACAACCAAAUUAAAGAAAAUGCAAAGGUUAGUCUUGAUGUGCACUUAGGAUAUCGGGAUGAUACAGUCAGUGAAUGGACAGAAAUGGCGCACGCAAUAGAGACCCGAAAGCUCAACUGUAGUUUUGGUGCUCCAAAAACUGUAGAGCAUGAAGGGAAGUUUUAUGAUUGUGACUUUCUCCCAUUCAUGGAGAUUGGAACUGUAGCUCACAAAUACUAUCUUCUCAACAUUCGUCUUCCUGUUAAUGAAAAGGCAGGUAUUAAUGUAGGAAUUGGUGAAAUAAAGGAUAUCCGUUUAGUGGGUAUCCAUCAAAAUGGCGGCUUCACAAAAGUCUGGUUUGCCAUGAAAACAUUCCUUACACCCAGCAUUUUCAUCAUCAUGAUUUGGUAUUGGAGACGGAUCAUGCAGAUGACACGACAACCUGUGCUCCUGGAAAAGAUAAUCUUUGCUCUUGGAAUCUCUAUGACUUUCAUAAACAUUCCAGUAGAGUGGUUUUCUAUUGGUUUUGACUGGACUUGGAUGCUGCUUUUUGGAGAUAUUCGUCAAGGGGUCUUCUAUGCUAUGCUCUUGUCUUUUUGGAUCAUCUUCUGUGGAGAGCAUAUGAUGGAUCAGAAUGAACGAAAUCGUUUUGCAGCCUACUGGAAACAAGUUGGGCCAAUAGCUGUAGGCGCUUUCUGUUUAUUUGCCUUCGACAUGUGCGAGAGAGGAGUACAAUUAAAAAAUCCAUUCUAUAGUAUCUGGGCUACAGAUGUUGGCACAGAGUUGGCUAUGGCAUUUAUUAUUGUUGCCGGAAUCUGCCUCUGCCUCUACUUCUUGUUCCUGUGUUUUAUGGUAUUUCAAGUGUUCAGAAAUAUCAGUGGCAAACAAUCCAGCCUACCAGCAAUGAAUAAAGCCCGCAGGCUUCAUUAUGAGGGAAGGGUAGAGAGAAUGAAAAUCAUUGACUUUGUUUGUUGAUUGUCUGUCUGUGCUAACUUUACGCUUAUGUCUUCACUGCUGGAUUAUAUAUCAACUUUUCAUCCUGUGUAGGUGACUGAAGGUCACUGGAAAUGGGGCGACUUUACGUUUCAUUGGAACAGUGCCUUUUUCACAGGGAUUUAUGGAAUGUGGAAUCUUUAUGUCUUUGCCCUGAUGUUCCUGUAUGCACCUUCCCAUAAAAAGUACGGUGAAGAUGAGUCAAAUGGUGAUUUGGGAGUUAAUACUGGAGAAGAACUUCAGCUCACUACUACUAUCACUCAUGUGGAUGGACCAACCCAGGUUUACAAAUUGGCUCGCAAGGAAGCCCAGGAAUAAUCACUUCAGCACAAUUUUACUUGUGCCUAAAUACAAAUUAGACAGCAUGAUGGUAGUAUUUUCCUGCAAGGAUUUAUUUGGAAUCGUCUGAAGGGUGCAUUGCAGAAAAUAAUGAAAAUGAUGACUAUCUGUCAAGAACUAAUGGGAUGCUUAUUAUCCAUGUAUCUUUCUUGGGGAGAAUCUUCUGUCAAGUUUGAAUUCUUUUAAUUCUUCGUCUUGAGCAAUCUUCCCCAAUCUCAAAAUAUGUUGGGUGCACAAUUCCCACAGCC